AUGGAGAGAGAAAAGUUUGGGGACCCUAAGAGGGUCCGUACAGCAGGUCAGUUUCAUGGUGCCUUAUCUGGAGGCAGGGGAUCACACAUAAGGAGUGGUUUCUUUCAGCAACGAGGACCCGUUCAUGCAUCUAUGCUGACAUCCGAGGGUGGUCAGAUACCUCGAGGUUUUUAUAGCAUGGGUCACGGUUCACAGCAGCGACCUAUGGGGCGAGGCAAUUAUAGUGGGUUUCCAGGGUCCGCACAGCAGUUCCCGGGACAGAGAUUUUGCUUUUCUUAUAGAGAUCCCGAUCACCUGAUGCGACAGUGUACUUCCCAGAGGAAUCGUGGAGGGUCCCAACCUAAUUCUUCAUUUCAGGCUAGACCACCGGUACCACAGGGUAGAGGCCGAGGCAGAGUUCAGUCAGGUAGAGGCGGUAGAGCUUCUAGUAGUGGUUCUGCAGCUCAACAGAGUGGGAGUAGAGUUACCACCCAGGUUGGAGGUGGCCGAGGGGGCCACUGUUAUGCUUUCCCGGGGAGACCCGAAGCAGAGAUUUCUGAUGCUAUUAUUACAGUGGAGUUGGGUCCAGACUUGACAUUUGAAGAGGAACCUAUAGCUAUAUUGGACAGGCAGGUUCGAAAGCUUAGGACCAAGGAGAUUGCUUCAAUGAAAGUGCAAUGGAAGCACCGAUCAGUGAGAGAGGCAACUUGGGAGACAGAGUCUGACAUGCGUGCCAGAUAUCCUCAGCUUUUUGAAGCUUCAGGUACUUUCUUUCACCUUAUGCUCGAGAACGAACAUGAUUUUUAG